CUGUUUGCGCGAGAGCCAAAAGGCAUCAACCAAAGCGCCGCGAACCCUCCAACCCUAAGCACAGCACGCACUCCUCAUGGCCACCACCACGCCGGCGGCGGUGGCCGCGCGGAAGCGCGCGCUGACGGAGAAGCGGUUCUCGGAGCUGUCUCCCGCGCUUUCCCCGGAGAUAGUGGAGGCACUGGACAGCAGCGGAUUCCGGCGGUGCACGCCCGUGCAGGCGGCGACCAUCCCGCAGCUGCUGUCGCACAAGGACGUCGCCGUCGACGCCGCCACCGGCUCCGGGAAGACCCUCGCCUUCGUUGUUCCCGUCGUCGAAAUCCUCCGCCGCCUCUCCUCCCCGCCCAAGCCCCACGAGGUUCUUGCCAUCAUCAUCUCUCCCACAAGAGAAUUGUCCUCGCAGAUAUACAAUGUGGCGCAGCCCUUUUUCGCGACGCUGAAGGGCGUGUCGUCCAUGCUCCUUGUUGGUGGGCUGGACAUCAAGGCAGAGCUCAAGAAAGUGGAGGAAGAGGGCGCAAACAUACUGGUGGGUACUCCCGGGAAGCUGCAUGAUGUAAUGGACCGCAUGGACAUUCUGGAGUUUAAGAAUCUUGAGAUUUUGAUCCUGGAUGAGGCUGAUAGGCUCUUGGAUAUGGGAUUCCAGAAUCAGAUUACCUCGAUAAUUUCGAAAUUGCCGAAGCUGAGGAGGACUGGGCUUUUCUCAGCUACCCAGACGGAGGCCGUGGAGGAGCUUUCCAAAGCCGGGUUGAGGAAUCCUGUGAGGGUUGAGGUUAAGACAGAGGCAAAGCCGAUGAGUAAAGAUGAUGGUCAGCAAGAGCUUGGUCCAUCCAAAACACCACUGGGGCUUCGAUUGGAGUAUAUGAUAUGUGAAGCAUCAAAGAAGUCAUCACAGCUUGUUGAUUUCCUUGUGCAAAAUAGUGGGAAGAAAAUAAUGGUAUAUUUUGCAACAUGUGCUUGUGUAGAUUACUGGGCUGUCAUUCUUCCACAUCUGAACUCGCUUAAAGGUUAUUCAAUAAUUCCUUACCACGGGAAGAUGAAACAGGGCCCUCGAGAGAAAGCUUUGGCAUCAUUUUGUGCUCUUUCAAGUGGUAUUCUAGUCUGCACUGAUGUUGCAGCAAGGGGUCUUGACAUACCACAUGUUGAUCUAAUUGUGCAGUAUGAUCCACCUCAAGAUCCCAACGUUUUCAUACAUAGAGCUGGCCGUACCGCACGUUAUGAUCAAGAAGGAGAUGCUAUUGUGUUUCUCUUACCAAAGGAGGAUACUUACGUUGAGUUUUUAAAGCUUCGAAGUGUACCUCUCACAGAAAGGGAGUGUCCCACAAAUGCUGAAGAUGUUGUACCACAGAUUAGAAGUUCUGCACUCGAAGAUCGUAAUGUAAUGGAGAAAGGACUUAGAGCGUUUGUUUCAUUUGUUCGAGCAUACAAGGAGCAUCACUGCUCUUACAUUUUCAGAUGGAAAGACCUUGAGAUUGGGAAGUUAGCUAUGGAGUAUGGUUUACUCCAGAUCCCAUCCAUGCCAGAAGUGAAGCAUCAUUCUCUUUCACUAGAGGGAUUUAUUCCUAUUAACGAUGUUGAUGUUACACAAAUCAAGUACAAGGACAAAGCUCGAGAGAAACAACGCAAAAAGGCACUGAAAAGGAAAGCAGAAGAGGAAGCCCAGAAUCCAAAGCCAGAGAAGAAGAAAGCUCGGGAGAAAGCCGAGAAACCAAAGCGCAAGAAGACAGGUAAGCAGCGCCAGUCAGUCCAAACCAAGGAGGACUUGGAUGAGCUGGCACACGAGUACCGCCUUUUGAAGAAGCUGAAGCGUGGAGACAUCGAUGAAGACGAGUACGAGAAGCUCACCGGAUUCGGAGACUCUGAUGGUGAAGCUUCUGGUGGGGAUGCGGGUGACUUGGACGAGAGAAGGGAGAAGGGCAACAGGGUGCAAAAGAAACUCAAGCAGAGAGGAAAGGGCAGAGGAGGGCCUAGGAAGUUUGAAGGGAAGAGUAAAAUGAGGAGCAACAGGAGAUAGGAAUACAUACGGUGUUAUUGAAAAGAAUAUUUUUGCCAGUUUUAAUUCAAUUUUCCAGUUCUAUGAGAAUUUUUGCGUAGAAGCAAUGCAUGUUACAGGUCGAACAGAUCGUGCUAACUACGGCCCUCGUUUGAUGUGUGGGGUGGCCUAUGCUGGAAAUUUUGUCUGGCUUAAUCUGAAUCCUUCUUUUCAGCUAAAAGCUGAACAAAAAAAUACUGAAACACAUCCAGUCAUUGAGCACGUUAAGUGAA